AUGGUGAAAGCAGUGGUGAAGUUUCCAUACGCUAGGUCUAGUGUCUGGAAGUACUGUAACCGACCAGCUGAACCAACACAAGUUUCAAAAAUCAGCUCCAAGCGAGAGUGGAAGCCUUUGGAGGACCACAGCUGCACAGAUGUACCGUGGCUGCUCUUAUUCAUCCUCUUCUGUGUAGGAAUGGGCUUUAUCUGUGGCUUUUCGGUAGCUACAGGAGCAGCUGCAAGACUGCUUUCAGGAUAUGACAGUUAUGGAAAUAUUUGUGGACAGAAAAAUGUCAAGGUGGAGGGAAUAAUCAACAGUGGUCUGGACCUCACACACAAGAAGUAUGUGUUCUUCUUGGAUCCAUGCAACAUUGAUCUAGUACGUCAGAGGAUCAAGUCCCUUGCUUUGUGUGUUUCGACUUGCCCAAGGAAAGAACUGAAAACUCUGGCUGAUAUACAGAAAUUUGCAGAAACUAAUGGAUCCACUCUGUGUAGCUAUGAACUACAGCCAUCAGAAUAUACUACAGACCCAAGGGCCCCCAAGUUAUGUCCUAAAUAUCCUGUUCCGGAGAGUGCACCUAUUCCAUUCUUCCAUCGCUGUGCUCCUGUGAACAUUUCCUGCUAUGCCAAGUUUGCAGAGGCCCUGAUCACCUUUGUCAGUGACAGUAGUGUCUUACACAGGCUGAUUAGUGGAGUUAUGACCAGCAAAGAGAUUAUAAUGGGACUUUGCUUGUUAUCACUAGUGUUGUCCAUGAUUUUGAUGGUUAUAAUCAGGUACAUUUCAAGAGUACUUGUCUGGAUUUUAACAAUUCUUGUCAUUCUGGGAUCACUUGGUGGUACAGGAGUUCUGUGGUGGCUCUAUGCUAAGCAACGAAUAUCUGCCAGUGCUGAUGAGACUCAAAUAGCCAAAGACAAUCUUCAGGCUCUUCUGAUCUAUGCCAUUUCAGCUACAGUCUUCACGGUUAUCUUGUUCUUAAUAAUGUUAAUUAUGCGCAAACGAGUAGCUCUUACCAUUGCCUUGUUCCACGUGGCCGGCAAGGUCUUCAUUCACCUGCCACUGCUAGUCUUCCAGCCAUUUUGGACAUUCUUUGUGCUUAUCCUCUUCUGGACAUACUGGAUCACGGUCCUGCUUUUUCUUGGUACUACAGGUAGUCCUGUCCCAAAUGAAGAAGGAUUUGUUGAAUUUCGGAUGGCAGGCCCUCUGAAAUACAUGUGGUGGUACCAUGUAGUGGGACUGAUUUGGAUCAGUGAAUUUAUUCUAGCCUGUCAGCAGAUGACAGUAGCAGGGGCUGUUGUGACAUACUAUUUUACAAGGGAGAAAAGGAAUUUGCCAUUUACUCCUAUUCUGGCAUCUGUUAAUCGUCUUGUUUGUUACCACCUAGGAACGGUGGCAAAAGGAUCUUUCAUUAUCACACUAGUGAAGAUACCACGAAUGAUUCUUAUGUAUAUUCAUACACAACUCAAAGGAAAAGAAAAUGCUUGUGCUCGCUGUAUGCUCAAAGCCUGCAUCUGCUGCCUUUGGUGUCUAGAAAAGUGCCUGACCUACUUAAAUCAGAACGCAUAUACAGCCACAGCUAUCAACAGCACCAACUUCUGCACCUCAGCAAAGGAUGCCUUUGUUAUUCUAGUGGAAAAUGCUUUGCGAGUGGCUCUGUUUCUAGGAAAGGUCCUGAUUGUCUGCAGUACAGGUUUGGCUGGGAUUAUGUUGCUGAAUUACCAACGAGAUUACACCAUCUGGGUGCUACCACUCAUCAUUGUCUGCCUCUUUGCAUUCCUGGUUGCUCACUGCUUCCUUUCCAUUUAUGAAAUGGUUGUUGAUGUCCUUUUCUUAUGUUUUGCCAUCGAUACAAAAUACAAUGAUGGGAGCCCUGGGAGGGAGUUCUACAUGGACAAAGUUCUCAUGGAGUUUGUGGAGAAUAGUAGGAAAUCUAUGAAAGAAGCUGGCCGGGGAGGUGGAGCUGAGAGCAGAGAGCUAAAACCAAUGGCCUCUGGAGCAAGUUCAUCUUGAAACUAGCCAGCCAUAUUGGAACCCAUUGACAUUCCAAAACAGUAUAUAUAUAUACAUAUAUACGUACAUAUAUAUAUAUAUAUAAAUAAGCAGACAAAUUCAGAGAAAAGGAACAGGGAUUUAAUACUUUUUUUAACAAUUAUUUUUGUGAAACAUGUACUCUUUUCAUACGGGUGGCUUUUACAAGCAGCUUUAUCAUUGUUCCAUUUUUUAAAUUACUCAUUGUGGUCAUGGAAAAGUUGAUUCUUAUCUGCCUGAUAUUUUACAAUCUGGAGGGAGGUAUCAUUGUAAAGAUAGUCCGAAAUGAUGACUGGGUUUAGAAACAGAUUUCCCAUGACACCGCUAAUCUGCUGAGAGUUUUAUUUGUUUAGUUUGUUUAGAUUUGCAUUAAAUUCAGGACAGUUACACGUAAGGAAAACCUUCAAAUCAAGAAAAGUCUCAAAUUUAUUUUUUCAAAAGGUGGUUUCAGUGAGAGUUCAUUCAGUUUGAAUGGGUUUGUAAGCCGUCAUUUUACUUUACAGCCCUGGUGGGGCACAGUUUUGUUUAUCAGUAUCAGAAAUCACAAUAACCAACUCCUCAGGUAUUCAGGUGUGUGGGAGCCCUUGCAUCUCCUAUUAAACAGAAACAAGAAAAUGGGGACAGAAAAUUUUUAUAUGCAAUUAACUUCCUGUUUUACCCUACUUGCCCCUCUUUCCCGUUGCCCGCUAUCCUCCCCUUGAGUUCAGUAGCCUCCUUCACACUUCAGCAGUGCUCCUUUGAAGGGUAUGGAUGGAUUCUCCCUAUGAGCAAUUGAAAUAACAGAUUGUUAAAGCUCAGUCUUAGCCUACUCAUGAUUAAUUCAUGACUAGAUGUAAUGAUGCUGAGGAUGGGAAGAGAAAUGAUCUGUACUACUGUACAAAAAAGUACUGUAUGCUUCAUUUCAUUUAAUGCUGGAGAGGUUUGGGGGGUGGAAGGGACCAUUCCUUGCCUGUUGUUUCAUCCAUAUUUGUAUGCACUGUAGUGGGUGGCUAAAACAGGAAAGGGCAGAGAAACAUUUCUUUGGAAGUGUAACUGCCAGGAUAGUUAUCUAAAGUUAUCAAAUAACAACAAGAGGACGUGCUUUUUUAUU